GUCCGUACGAGCAAGCCUCGGUACAGAGCAAGGCCGAGCUACAAUUCAACCCCUAAGCUCCGCAUCACACGCUCAGAGACGCCAAUUGCCUGGACUGUUGAUAUUUCCACACUCCCCUGUCAGCCUUUGGUGACCUACAGUCUUGCUUGACUAUCCCGAAUUAGACCUCCCAACUUCAAACAUGGCUUCUACGACGCUCCACGGCACGUACUCGUCUUACGAAAUCACACCCGCAGUCACCAAUAGACCAGGUCAAUGCGACGACCUCAACAUAACCAUAGUGGGAGCCGGGAUUGGUGGAUUCAGCGCCGCAAUUUUCCUCAGGCGCCAAGGCCACAAUGUCACUCUGGUUGAACAAUCGCGUUUCGCCAAUGAAGUGGGUGCUGCUGUACAUCUCGCACCCAAUGCUAAUGGCCUGCUUCUCCGGAUGGGCUUGAAGGCCGAAGACAUCGGCGCCGUACCUUGUAACCUGAUAUCGACCUCCAGGCCCAAUCUUGAGCUCGUGUUCAAGGCCGAAGUCUGGAAGCAAUCGCAUAGAUGGCAACAUUCUUGGCUUCUAGGGCACCGAGUGGAUCUGCAUUCAGAAUUGAAGAGAUUGGCGACAAUGGAAGAGGGGAAAGGGCCACCAGUGAUUCUUCGUACAUCCUCCAAGGUGGCCAGUGUUAGUACCGACGGAGCCGUUACCCUGACUUCCGGCGAACAAAUCCGCGCGGACGUCGUUGUUGGCGCGGACGGCGUGCAUUCCAAAACGCGAUACGCACUUCCAGGGUCUCAAGAUAUCAAACCAUUCGGGUCCGGGAAGAGUGCAUUCAGAUUUACGAUGCCACGCGCUCGAGCCCUGGCCGAACCCGUCACGAAGCCACUUGUGGAAGCGGAUGGCCAUCUAAACAUGUACAUGGGGAAAGACCGAAGAGUCGUCAUCUAUCCCACCAGAGACAACGACGUCCUCAACUUCGUCUGUAUCCACAGCACUUCCAGCUCCGAAGUUAAGGCUGGAGCUCCAGAGAGCAGUGACUGGCAGAAUACAGGGCAUAUGGACAAGCUGCUGGAGAUAUACCAGGACUUUGACCCUGCGAUCGUCAAGUUGCUGAGCAUGGCAGACCCGGACACCUUGAAGGUUUGGGAAUUAUUGGACAUGGAGCAAUUGCCGACUUGGACGAAUGGGCGGUUAGCGUGCAUUGGGGACGCGGCGCACCCAUUUACACCACACCAAGGCCAAGGAGCUGCACAAGCCAUCGAAGACGCCGCGUCCCUGGCUUGCGUUCUCCCCCUUGGAACUGCUCUCGAGGAAAUACCCGAACGACUCAAGCUCUACGAGAAGUGUCGAUACGAGCGAGCGUCGAGAAUCCAAGAAUACUCUCGCAUCAUCGGAAAAGAUUUCGGAGAAGGGCCACCGCUCGACGCAAGCCAAUACACCAAUGAAAAUUUCGGCCACGAUGAAUGGCACUACACAAGCCAGAAGCUGCGAGAGUGGCAGUGGAGCCAGCAAAUAGGCAGUUAUAGGCGCAUGCCGCUUUCGUUCGGUCCCUUCCCCGGCCCGCGCCAAGACCACCUAGGACACCCUAGGGAUUGGAGCGAGUCGACAUUUUGCACCGCGAGCGUGAAGUUCAAGACAUCGCGUACGUUACUACAGACCCUAUUUCCCACUCCGGCGUUCAAGUUUGCGUCCUCAGACACUGUCGCUUUCGCUACGUUCUCCCUGUCUACGCUGGGAAAUCUAGAGUGGCUUGGAGGGAAGGGAUACUCGCAUUUCGGACUGUACGUUCAUGGGGUUGAAUAUACGAGGGGUAAUGGCGACAAGGUGAAGGGAACGUUCUUACCCGUUCUGUUCGAGAACCUUGCGGAUCCGAUCGUAAGUGGGCGAGAGGAACUCGGCAUGCCGAAAGUAUUCUGCGACCUGGAUGUGCGCCGAGUCGCCGAUACCUGGCGAGUGACCGCUGGCUGGAUGGGCUCAGACUUCCUUGAUCUAUCGCUCACCGGCCUUGGCGAAGACGCAGCUCGUACUACCCCAGAGAACAGCAUUGCUGCCGACACAGAAGGAAGGGCCCUCUUACUUUACAAGUAUAUACCCAAGGUUGGAAACCUAGGAAGCAAGGAGCGAGGACAAGCAGACGUUGAACACGCAGUCAUCGUACCCAGCGCCGAUGAAGCCAAGGCCCCACGGAAGGUAGAAAAGACUAUGAUGGCUGAGAAGGCACAGAUCAAAUGGGACGCACUAGAUUGGAAGAGGUUACCCACGCUCCACCAUAUUGUAGAUAGACUGGCUGAAAUUCCGGUUUUCGAAGUUGUGGAGGCGAAGAUCGAGGAAGGGAAGGGGCUGAGCGAUGUCCGGGGAGCCAGGAAGUCGGUCUGA